GAGGGGCGUAUCUUGGAUUUCGUUUUUUCCCCUCCCCGUUUAUAACAUGAAAAAGAAAGAGAUGUCGACUCAUUUGAAAGAUUCAUGACGAUGAAUUAUUUCGUUACAUAGAUCAGAGGCUUUUCAUUUGUCGACACCCGUAUUGAGCGAAGAGCUGUUAAUUAACGAAUGAGCACGGACACAUAGUGUUUGACACAAAAUUUGACAAACUGACCGUGUAUUUCAAAGAGCAAGUUGACCAAGCGGCCAACUGUGGUCAGUGUCGCAGCUGUAUUAAAGCGCAAUUCAAUACGGGCAGACUUCGUACACACAGAAGUGCAAAUCAUUUCGUUUUAUUACAUGUCAAUGUCCAAGCUUAAUUCUUGAACUGUUGCACUGUAACAUGAAACCGCCAUCGAUGUGAGUGCGUUUUCAAUUCAUUAAAACACUUUCAAACCGAAAGCAAUGAAAGCAUUUUUCAAAAAUUGUAAUCCACGUUUCUUUGGAGAAAGCCAGAACGAGUUUGUAUGGAUAACGAUUUUGAAUGCGGAUGUUAUCAUAAAGCCUUCCGAGUUUGCUUGCAUAUUAAUUAAACAGUGUGCCGAAACUGCAACAGACGGGUACAAUUGCCAUUUUUACCUAUAAUCAGAAAACGGUGAAUGUUAGUGAAACAGGAAAAAGUAUGGAGCUCUAGCAUAAUCACACUCUACAAGAAUAAAGGUGACCGUCAUGACUGCAACAGUUACAGGGGCAUCUCCUUGCUGAGCACAGUUGGCAAAGUCCUUCCUCGUGCCAUUCUACCACGCAAAUCAAAUACUAUCAGAGAGUCAGGCCGGUUUCAGACCAAAUCGCUCCACACUGGACAUGAUCUUCUCUUACCGACAACUGCAAGAGAAAUGCAUUGAACAGCGACGCCCCCUCUACACUGUCUUUGUGUGUCCCACUAAAGCAUUCGACUAUGUGAGUCGUUCGGGCUUAUUUGCAGUAUUGGAGCGCCUAGGUUGUCCACCAACUUUACUGGCUAUCAUCAGAGCUCUCCAUGACGGUAUGCUGGCCACUGCUCAAUCUGACAGGUCGGUGUUGCAAGGCUUCAGCGUGAAUUGUGGAGUGAAGUAGGGUUGUGUUUUGGCCCCAACGCUGUAAUUCUCUGCCUUGCUCCGCAGUGCAUUUCCUACAUCGAGCGGGAUCAUGCUUCACACUCGAUCCACAGGAGGUCUGCUCAAUCUCUCCCGUCUACGUGCAAGAACGAAGGUUUCCAAAGUUCUGGUCCGUGAGCUGUUAUACACUGAUGAUACUGCCUUCGUUGUGCACUCUCAAGAAGAUCUCCAGCAACUUUGUCGGAUGCUUUUGCCCGUUCUUGUCAGAACUUUGGCAUAAAGAUCAACAUUCAGUCGCAGGAAUGUUGUGCUUGCCACCAAUAGUUAGGAAGCAUUUUUCCUCACUCUCCGAGCUCGAAACUCCAAGUCCACUUCAGACCGUCAACAAGUUCACAUAUCUUGGAUCCACUGUGACUUCAAACAACUCUCUGGACGAAGAACUUGAUCUACAGAUUGGAAAAGCUGGAACAACAUUUGGACGCCUGCACAGGGUGUGGGAUGAUAGUCGUCUCCCUCUGUCUCUGAAGAUCAAGGUAUACGAUGCAUGUAUACUUAGCAUCCUCUUGUAUGGAUCUGAGGGUUGGACAACAUACAGACGACAGGAACGCCGCUUGAAUGCAUUUCAUCUGCGCUGUUUGCGUUCUAUCCUUGGUCUCACCUGGCGGGACCGUGUCCCCAACACUGUAAUCCUUUAUAAGACAGAGUGCCUUUACAUGCGCACACUACUUCAGAAACGUAGGUUGCUCUGGACAGGCCAUGUCAUACGGAUGGACGGAGCCCGCCUACCAAAACAUCUACUCUUCGGUGAGCUCUCCAAAGCCCCUCGUCCAGUUGGUCGCCCAAAGCUGCGGUAUAAGGACGUAGUCAAGCAUGAUUUACAGUCCUUCUUCAUCAACUUGACUGACUGGGAGAGUUUUGCUAUCACCAGGGAAGGUUGGCGCCGUGUACUUCACAGGGGAGCAGCCUUGCCCACCAAACCUAUAUGGAAGAGUGCAAUGCCAGACGCACUACCAGGCACCAUCGUGCUGAUCGUCGUUGAUUGAGGUCAAAGGCCUACUUAAAGACCGAUUCUCCCACCAUUGUACUGUCUGGGGCAACUUUUCAAAAUGUCCAUCAAACUCAUCUUGACAGACCCCAUUCACAGCAGUUGGGCGACUCAUCCUGGGCCUUCCCGAGAGGUCCCCCGUAGAUAUCGAUUUAUCGACUUUUAUAAGAUAUGUUCACCUUGCUCUAAAGUUUUAUAAAAGUUUAAUUUUGAAACUGCCACCACACUUACGCAGUUGUUUUAUUCAUAGCAUUACUAUACAAGGUAUGUUUCUCAUUGCAACCCCGUUCUCCCAUGUUUUAUAUAUACGGUGUGUAUAUACACAAUAUAAGUUAUAAAAGGUCAAAACUGAUGAAAAAUGAACCAUAAAAGUGUCCAACAAAACUAAGAUAUACAACACAAAACAAGCCAUGAAAGACAACGUACAAAUGAGAUAAGACCACUUGAAACAGACACAAGACUGACAGACCAACCAAAGGACCUAUCCCAACCAAUCCCAAUCGUCCGUAAAACUGCGGACAAAUUAAACUGACCAAUCAAUCGGACUGUAGACAAAAAACACGUAGUUUGAAAGUGCACUAGUUUGCAAAGUAGACUACAAGACUGCAAAAUGUCACAGGCAUUAAAACAAAAAUUAUUCAGGAUGUUGCAAGUGGUCUAAUAAACUUCUGCUGAAUACUGAAGAGAUGACAGAUAGAGUCUGCAAUAUCAGAGGGAAGCCUUUAAGUUGGUUGCUCCCGCCAGGGCAAAUACGUGGAAAUAAAUGAGUUAUUCUUGAGGGCACGAUCAGUUCUGGCAUACUGGAGGUUAAGUAUCACGUGGUCCCGGUGACGAGUAUUUAUUUUAAUAUUAUUACGAACAGAAUGCCAGUCAAUCAUCCCAAACAAACAUUUAACUACAAAAGUGAUAGUCCCUGCUUUGCCGUCAGAGUAUAUCCAGUUUAGCACGAAGUCAUCUCCUCAUAUUUCGCAGUCAGGUCUACCCUUUCAGCCACAUCCUGCAUGAGCAGCGUCGUGUUAACUAUAUAUGAUGUCCUCUUUCUUAUGACACCAAGAAAUCCAAUUUACUGUCACAGAUGACUGAGCACGAACAGUCUGGUCGCGGUGAAGAAUAUGAAAAAUGCAGAUUAAUGGUCUUUUUUUUAUCCAUCAUUGUCGUAAUUUGUACGCAUGCGUGUAGAAGUCCGAGCAUAUUAAUCAGUGAAAAGUUCACUGCCUCAUUGCUUCAUGUACCCAGACGUCGUCUAGUUUUAUCAAAGACAAAUCCUGCAGGGGGCCAGACGAAUGAUCAAAUAUCAAACGUGGUAUUCGGCAGACGACCGUUUAAGCAUUAAGUCAUGCUUGUAGCGGGUACGUCAACAAUAUGAACACGACAAAAGGAAAGAAUCAGAAGCUGUAGAUUUCAAUUCAGACUAAAAAUUGAUCGUGCUAGCACGCUUCUGUCUUCAAGAAACCGUAAUCACAAUUCGACAGAAUUAAUUUGGGUUGAUAUUCUGAAUUUCAAUAAUGGAGGAUUCUCUGUCAAUGAGCAAAAAAGAAUGCCAGCAGUGGCUGAAAACCAUAAGCAAUGAAGACAGAUACAGGCCGCUUGCUCGGACGUUAAGAAUGCGGGUGAUGGCGCCCUAUCUAUAUGGCAUGGACUAUCUACCCCCAAAGUGGCGGGCGUGGAUGGCAGAGGCGGACUUUAAGCCUCAUAUAGAAAAAUGGUUAGAAGUAGAACCUAUUGAAGUUGAGGAAUUUGACAAAAUAGAUUUAUUGAAAGAUUUACUCCACCUGCUUUCCUCACAGAUUUUAACAAAUGGGGUUGAUUUUCCACGUUUCAUGAAUUUGGCGGUUAGUAUGGAUAAGCAAACUGAUUUUGCUGUAGCCAGAGCAUUGGCUGAAGAAGAAGUAUCUUUUCAAAGACUUUGGGAACGGCAUUCUCCUUCUACUGAGCAAUCAAAGACAGCUCUUAUGAUGGUAGUCUACUCCUAUGUUCAGUUUGCUUGCGACACGGUUAAAAGAAAGAGAGACCAUCAUUUUGAAAUGACAAUUUUAUGUAAAGAAGACAGAGAGGAGGUGGAAGGCUAUAAGAAUAGGGGUAGUGAAGAACACAAGCAUAAGCGUUACGGCAGAGCCAUUAACCAAUACAGCAAGGCCAUCCGCAAGAGUCGCUACGACGAAAUUCUUUACAGUAAUCGUUGCACGUCUUUCCUCUGCGUGAAGAAAUUUAAGCAUGCCUUGGUUGACGCCAAGAGGGCUAUCACUCUUAAUCUCACAUGGUCAAAGGGCCACUAUCGGUUCGCCCAGUCCCUCUUUGAGCUGGGCUACCAGAAGCGUGCUGUGUUGUCCAACUCCCAUGCCAUCGACUACUGCAAGAAGUAUAACCCCGAAGACCCCUACAUCAAGGACCUGGAGGUGCAGCAAGAUUGGUUUGAGGUCAAGCAGACAGAGAGGGUCACCUUGGACGACGUGCCGGAUCUGGUGGAUCCGUCCAGCUCAGCAUCGGAAUUCAGUGACUCUGAAUCGGAUGAGGAAACUAAACAGGAGGAGGGUCGGAAACGCAAGGUGGAGGGGGAGUUGACCAAACUGAGACUGAAGGAGCUGACGUCCCUCGACAACAACACAGGCUUGAUCAAGAUCCCUCGCAGCCUGGUCCUGCCCGACGACUCCUCACCGGGCCUGCGGGAGCGACGAGAGGAGGAAGACCGGAAGAAACGGCUCCGGCGGGAGAGGAAGGAAAAGGAGGAGGCAGAGCGGCUGGCCAGGAAGGAGGCAGAUCGGAUGGCCAAGAAGGAGAAGGCAGAGAGGCAGAAGGAGGAAGAAGAGACCCGGAAGAGGGAGCGAGCCCAGGAGCAGGAGAGGAAGAGGAGGGCUGCAGAUCAGAAGAGACAAGAAGAGGAACAGGCUAAGGUGUUAGAACUUGAGCGAAGUGAACUGGACAAGCUGCUACGUGCCGGUUCCGAGGCUAUGCUGGAACAGCGAGGCCGACAGGCCUUCAUGCACUACAAGCAAGCCAUGGACAUCAUCGGCAAGUCGACCGUUCCGUAUGGAUAUCUGUGUGAAGAGGACUAUGUGACAUUCCUGUAUGCCUAUGGUAUGGCAUGCCUUGAAUCUGGCAUUGAUGAGGAGAUCCUUGAUGCGUCAAACAAGUUUGAAAUGAUACUGGAAAACCACAGCAGAAUCCGCACGCCUCUUCCUUACUACGGCCUCAGCUCUUCCCUCUUCAAACAAAACAAGUUCAGUGAGGUCUUGGAGCCACUCAGGAAGGCGCGUCACAUGGUGGAGCGUUUUCCCCUAGUUGUGGAGACUUGGCCUGGCACCAAACAGAAGAUCCCCGAGACGGAGGAGGGGCAGAUGAAGGCUGCCUUGGACAAGCUGGAAGAGGUCUGUCGCCGGCCUCCCUCGCCCGACGCCAUCUGUCGCCUGGACUCCUGCCCCUACAAGCCCGAGAUGUACCUGACAGACGUGGGCUUCAAGGGCUAUGUCCGGGUGCAGUGCCGGGAGAGGUGUCGCACAGACUACCACAUCCCCUGCUGGAAGAAGAUCAAGGCGGACAGGUAUCCCAACGUCACCCAUGAGAAGGAGCUUUUGACCAAGACGUGUUGCACUCCGGACUGCGAAGGUGUCUACAUCAGCAUCGUCAUCUACGGACCGGAUGGCUUACCCAAAUUAGAGCACCAACUGGAGGAGGCUGUGAAAACCAAGGAAAAGAAGAACAAGGGAAUGAGCAAGUCGCAGGCAAAGAAAAACCGUAAGACCCGCAAGCAGGAUGCCGCUAAGAAGCAGAAGCACUCAGAGAAAGGGCAGGGAGACGAGGAGAACAACGGCGAAGACCAGGAGAGUGUAGAGAAGAAGAAACCAAAUGGCAGGAAAGGGGAAGAGGACCCGGGCACAUCGCCGGGCCUGGAGUCCCCACGCCUGACCACCUCGGACGCUUCCUCCGUCUCCAGCUUCCACACGGCCGACGGAGAGGAUGACGAGAACGAGGACGAGGAGGAGGACGGAGAAGAUGGAACAGAGGAGGACUCGGAGGAGGCAGAGGUGACGAUGGAUGUUGCGACCUUUGUCCUCAAGAAGGACAACCCGGAAGAAGAAGCCCCGACCAAACCUGCCAAGUCCAAAUCAAAGAAAAAGAAACAAAAGGACAAGACAUCCAUGGCCAUCGAUAUCCAGUUCUCAGACUCCUCACAGCGGCAGAGGUUUUCUGCUGAGAACGUGGAGCCUGCCAAGGGGGCACAAGGGGGUACCCGAUCUUUUCCCGCCCUGGAUCCAGACAACCCAUUUGCUACUCCUCCAAAUCUCAGAGAAGCAGCCAUUGAUUUUGAGCGCAUCUUCCAACCGGCAAAAUCGUCGGGUUUCGCCGUAGGCACUGACAAAUCGGAAGAUGAGAAAAGCCAGAUUGCAGCCUUACACCUGCAUUUUGAGGAAGUUCUGCAACGUCUGGGCCCCAUGCCCAUCACGGACACGAGGCUCGGGGACGAACUCCAACAAAUGCCGGCCGAACUGCAAGCUGUGGUGCUUUGCUUUGGCGGCCUGGACAGAUUCCUCCUGGAUUCCCCAACAUUCGGGAUGAUCGAGGAUCACGUCUGCCUCCGGAGGGACAUCGCCAGAUGCCGGGAGGUGGUGGAGGAGAACAAAGCCCUGAGAGCUGGAAAUCUUCCGUCCUCGCUUACUACCUCCUCAAAGAAGCCUCACAAUGCUAAGGGAAACCACGGGCUGUACUGGAACAGCUCAGGUGCCAAUUUGACUCCGGAUGACUUCCCCUCCAUCGGAGAGGUGGUGGUAGAUGCUGCGACUCGGCCAUAUGGCGAGAAGAAGCCACACAUAGAAACAGCAGGAGCAACACCUGCUCCGGAAAAUAGUAUAAAUCAAUUGGACACAUUUGACGACAUUGCAGAUCAGGAGCAACUCGGUGAGGAGCAACAACUCAAAGUGGAGGAUCAUGUCGCAGAAGAGCAACAUCCCAAGGAGGAACAGCGACUCAAAGAAGAACAAGUCAGAGAGGAGGAGCGACCCAUACAGCUGAAAAGUGAGCAAGCCAUCUUAGAGUUCCAUAGACUCACUCAGGAGCGGAAACGACAAGAGGAGCAGAGACUGAAAGACGAGCAGCGACUGAAAGACGAGCAGCGACUGAAAGACGAGCAGCGACUGAAAGACGAGCAGCGACUCAAAGACGAGCAGCGACUCAAAGACGAGCAGCGACUCAAAGAGGAGCGCCGCAAAGAGGAGGAGCGGCUCAAGGAAGUGGAGAGAUGGGACCGCAUACGGCGGCUCACAAAUGAGCAAACUGUCUUGGAGAUCCAAAGACGCACUGAAGAACAAAAACGAGAGGAGCAAAGAAUUGAAGAGGAGCGGCGGUGCAAGCACGAACAAACACUGGUGGAGCUCCAAAAAAAUCUCCCGGAAGAGGAUUACCAGAAGCAGAAACACAAAUUAGAAGAGGCCUUUAAAGCAGAGACGAGGAAUCGAACUGAGGCUAAGUCUCCAACAAAGCAGAAAGGCAUCAAGACUCUGAUUUUCACCAAGGGUGGCAUCCUGAAUACGUUUCUGCAAACGGGCAAAUCUCUCAAAGAGAAUCUGGAACAAGAUAAGAAUGUAGCCCAUUUGGCCAAGAAUUUUCCGCAAGGGAAAUCCAGUUCCAAGACUAAGGUCAAUUCUAAUAAAAGAACUAGUGAUAAGGAUACUGCUAAGACUCCUGCUAGUGCCGCCAAAAGCACCCAGGAACCAAAAUCAUCUUUGUCAGUUAAUGCUAAACCCUUUAUACCAGCUUCGUUUGCUAAUAAUGUAGUAGAAAUAAAUUCCACAGUCACUAACAAGGAAAAAGACAUUGCACCAGUUGUUUCUAGUGUUAAAUCAGAGUUACAAAUAGGGGAUAUUGAGGCACCGUCAGAAUUACAGUUACCUGUUUCUCAACCUGGGAAUUUCAAUUACAUAGGGAGUGGAUUUUCUUCAUCCAGCACAAGUGAGGAAUCAAGUGAGAGCUCGCUCAAAAGUGAGCAAUCCAUGGAGCACUGCGACUCGCAGAAUCUCUCCGGGGGCUCUCUCAAAGCGAAGGAAGAUGACUCUUUGACUGCAUUUUCUCAACAAAAUAGCACCGAAACUAAAGAGGGCUGUAAUGAAGGUUUAGAUGAGCAAAGCGAAUUGGAAUCAUUACUGCAUUCAAACCCUGUACCAGAUGACGGCACUUGCGUGGACACAGUGUGUGUCAUGGCAAGUAAUUCCACACCUGCUGAAUCCCCUCGUAAUUCAGUCGAUGAGAAUAAAUCAGCCGACAUGACAAACCCCGCUCCAGAUCCCACCGCUGACACCUUUACUGCUGCCGCUGCCGCCAGUAGCACAAAUGAUGAAUCGCAGGCAACUCAGCUGAGCAAUCCGGAGUACCCGCUUACGGUCACCGCCGAAAAGUACCACAACCUGUGGAAGAAAUAUAAAAUGCUGCACGACGCUUUAAGAACUUUCACUGAACGGAAGAAGGCCAUGAAAAGUUCCUGGACCCAGUGCCCCAAAGUGACUGUCAAAGCCCGCGGCAUCAUGACCGGACCCGAUAAGAUUUUAGAAGAGUCCAGAAAUAAUGAAUUCCGCUUGCAGAUGAAUCUGAAAGAUGUCACUGACAAGCAUUCACGCCUGAAAGACCGAUAUGAUACUGACCUGUCUCGGCUGCGAGACGAGGUCAAGAGGCUUACGCAGACAAAUACAAAAUACGAGGCAGAGCAAUCCCGAAUGGGGCGACAGCUCCUGGAGACCAGGAAGACCCUGGAGGCAGAGCAGAAACGCUACCAGGAGGAGUUGCAAGAGAGGGAUUCACAGAUCCACAGUCUGAACAGCAAGAUGAAGAGUCUAACCACCCAGAUGACCUCUAAAGACGAACUUUUUGAGAGUACGCUUAAAACCAUUAAUACUGAGAGGGACUUGUGGACUGCAGAGAAGUUGAAAUUGGAGGAGGCAGCAGCCAACCUGGAGAAGAGUCAGCAGUCAAUACUGAGAAGAUGCCAAGAUGCAGAGAUGAGCGUGCUCAACAUGCGAUGCGCCAAGGACGUCGCCCCACUAGAAGCUGCCAUCCGGGAAUGCGAGUUCCACAUCAAUAGUUGCCAGAACACGCUACGGAAGAAUCCUAAUGUUGGCGACAAUUUCAGAGAAUUUGGCGCAGCCUGGGAGAAAUGCCUCAAGGAGAACCAGAUUCUGUUAGCAUCACUCAAGGCCAAGUAUGAUGACUUCAUGGAGCAGGUCAAAGCCGGUGUUGCCCUCACUCAGUUGACGCCUCCAAAACCGGUGAAACCUUCCAAGGUUGCCGGAAAGGCACCUCCUAAAAUUCCAUCUGCUGUGCCACCCAGGGGACCCCCAGGGGUAGGUGUACCCUUUGGCCCCCGCAUGGGUGCACCUGUGGCUCCCCCGAGCGCUCCCAGCCAGCCCAACCUCCUGCCAAACCACAUGCCACUGAAAACGGGUGCAGAAGCGGGAUUUGCAAACAACCAGCAGCACCAGCCGCCGCCAGAGCCCACCCACUCCGGGAUCAACGCAUUGGAGGAGAUCCGGGUCAAGAUACCCGAACAAGACCCCUCUCCCCCUAUGGUUCCGGUGUCCAUGGCUGCCUUCAGCCAGGCACGCGGGGGUCAACCUCAGUCCCAGCCCCAGCCCAAAGGCCCCCUGCCAACCAACGGUGGAGCCCAGAACCAGGCCUGGCCUCAGUCCAAUGUGGCCAAGCCACCUGUGUCACUUGCGAACUCGCAGGCUACCCAGCAGCCCUUCGUCACAACUGGUGCCCGAAUGCCUGGACCCGGCCUGCCUGCAGUGGGUCACGUUCAGUUGUCCCAGGGGGCGAUGCAACCUCAGAUGCAGCCCAUGAGACAUCGCUCAUCAGUAACAAUGACUUCAAACUCUUUAAAUGGGCCACAGCUGAUGUCUUCCGUGGUUUCUCAGAACGUACCCGUGUCUCAUUCACCUUCUCCGACGCCGACCCAGAUGGUGGGCUCCGGCCCCGUGGGACUCGUCAAACCCCCAGGACCCCAACCCAAGUCCAACUUUGAUAAGAUCAUUUUCCCCCUGCAGAACAUGUUUCCGGAGUACAACAAGGUGCAGCUGACCCAGGCCAUCCGGGAGGUCCGCGCUGCCAACAAAGGCUCCCUGUCUGGUCUGUCCAUCGAGGAGAUCGUCCAGCGAGCCGCGGAGCUCAUCCUUAAUCAGCAGAGGGCCGUGGCCCAAGCACAGCGAGUGCAGUCCCAAGUCAACAGGCCUGCAGCAGCUGCCUCUGUGCAGCAAGCACCUGUAGGUGCCACCGCAGGUGCAGCAGCAGGGCCCUCCCGCGCCUCCCCCCGGCUCCAGUGGGAGCCGGCCAAGACUCAGCCAGUCUCACCCUGGGGGUUGGCCAAGGAAGAGGCGGAGUUUGAGGAGGAUGAAGAGGACCCCUGUGUCAUCUGCCAUGAGGAGAUGCUUCUGGCAGACACGGUCACGUUGCACUGUGGCCACAGGUUCCAUCCUGAUUGCAUCAAGAUGUGGUUACAGGAACAGCGCACCUGCCCCACCUGCCGUAACUACACCCUGCUACCUAAUGAUUAUCCUGCACCCAAAUAAAGAUCAGUUGAGUAUCUUACACUCAAGUAAGUAACUCAAGUUCAUCGUUAUAUCAACAGUAACAACACCAUCAAUUUGUGUGAAUUGCGGUAGUCAAGCGGUUACGGCAUAUUGGUGUGUGAUGCAUGGGUUGUGGGUUCGAAUCACGGGUCGGAAUUGUGGGCAGGGAGGUUUUUUUUUUAAAGGAAAAUAAAGCCUGAAUGUUA